GUAUAUCUAUCUAUAUAUGUAUAUAUGAAGCGAUAUCAAUGAAUGAAAUUUGAUAGUAGUUACGUUCUGAAUAUGGAAUAUUCUAUCCAUUGUUAAGGAUAAAAACGAAAACAAAUAUCUUAACAAUGAGUCUCAUAUAACAAUUAGAUUGUCAGAUCAUAGGAAAUAAAUGAUAUUUUUGGGGUAACAUUCAUGAUUAGCCAUUUCAUAUGAAAUGGAAGACAAAUCUCUUUCUAAUGGCACUUUCGCAUACAAUUGGUCAGCAGAUUCUUUACAAUUGGAAAAUUAUCAAUACUAUCAUAGUCAAGCCCCUAAUUAUGUUCCACCAGCUGUUCCACCACCACCAUUACCACCGCCCACCAUAACACCAUCGUCCUUUACUAUUCCACCUCCUAAUUAUGGAACAUAUCCUCCAAUGUCCUACUUUUCAGUUCCUCCACCAAUUGUUCCUCCUCCAACUGCUUCUUCUCCUACUGCUCCAUACUCUAAUGGUGUAAUAUAUCCUAAUUAUACAUACCCAAGUCAAGCUGCAAAUCACGAUAGCCAGAACUAUUGUACUUCAACUUAUGCUCAAACACAACCAACUACAUACAAUUACAGCUAUCCUAAAUGUCCAUAUUCAUCGGAAAAAAAGACUGAAAAUCUUUAUUGGCCAAUUAAAAACUCAUCUUGGUCAUCUCAAACAAAUUAUAUCGAUAAAAAAUUUCAAGAUUCAUCUACGGUAAAAUAUAAGCCUUUAAAUAACGGUCAGCGUUGUUCCAAGAGUCCUGAUGGUAGAUCUUAUUCUUCCAAGUAUUCUAGUAGAAGAAAGUAUGAUAAAAGUACGAGUCAUCAUAGAGAUAGAGACAGAAGUAGAGAGAGAAGAGACUCAAGAGAUCGCUCAUACAAAAGAAGAAGCAGAAGUUCAGAUAGGAAAAGUUAUUUCAACAAUUUCAAUAAUUAUUCAUCGAGACGUGAAAGAUCUAAUAGUCGAAAUAGAAGCAGAAGGUCCACCAGCAGGAGUAGAAGCAGAAGAAGAUCUAGAUCAGUGGAGUCUCGUAAAUCUAUUUCAACUAGGAGUAAUCACUUGCCAAAGCGUAAACCUCCCACAGAAAGAGAACUACUCUUAGAAAAGUAUAGAAAAAAUUAUUGUGCAACCAGUGAUGAUAUUAAAAAAAGGCUCUAUGAGUUGCAGAAUACUGGAAAUUUGGAAAAAAAAAUUUGGACAAGAACUGCUCCAGCUGAUUUAUAUUAUACUAGAGAUGAUAAAAACCACAAAUUAAUGAGAGGUACUAAGAAACUGUUAAAUCUUUGUAGUGAUUUUAAAACAAUACUUCUAGAAAGGUCAGAAGUUGCCAGAGCACAACAACCUCCAUAUGAACCACCCCCAAGAAAAACGAGAGCUCGCUUGUGCAGACACAAGUCAGAAGCUUGCAAUAGUUCCUCUUCUAGUAGUGAAGAUUCAGAUGAUGAAGACAGAACAAUGGAAGAAUUGAUGGCUAAGAAGCAGCAUCCCCAGAGGCUUCAUGAUGAACUUUGGUUCAAUGACCCAGGAGAGAUGAAUGAUGGACCAUUAUGUAGGUGUAGUGCAAAGUCAAGGAGAUCCGGCAUAAGGCACGGCAUUUAUGCCGGCGAAGGGGCAACAAUAAAAUGUGAUUCUAACACUAAUAAUGCUGAUAAGCUGCAUCAUUACCGCAUAACCAUUAGCCCACCUACAAAUUUUCUUACGAAAACUCCAACGAUUAUAAAGCACGAUGAACACGAAUUUAUAUUCGAAGGAUUUUCCAUGCUAUCGCAUUUCCCCCUAGUUAAGUUACCAACGUGUAAAGUUAUUCGAUUCAACAUCGAGUACACAAUUCUUUAUAUCAAAGAAAAGAUGCCGGAAAACUUCACGAUACAAGAACUAGAUUAUUUUCAGGACUAUUUAUUCAAAGAAAUUUUAGAAUUAGUAGAUUUUGAUUUGCGCGCUGCUCAGGAUAAAAGUGGUUGUGGUCAGUUUCAUUUUAUGCCGCGUUUUGUACGUGAUUUAGCCGACAACGGGCAGGAGAUUUUAUCGAUGAAUGAAGUGUUGAGUUAUCUUAUAAAAAGUAGUAAUUUAUUGAUCGAUCCUGACGAGCUACCAAAAUUGGUAGAGAUGCCACAAUUUGAAUGGCAGAAUUUUGCCGAUGAGGUCAAGGGUAUGGUCGUAACAUACCCUGGUAAAAAACCGUGCAGUGUUCGAGUAGAUCAAUUAGAUAGGAGCCAAGCCGAUGAAGGACCUCCAGGCAUCAUUGCCCAUCCAGAAAUCGUUCAUUUUGGUAUUCGACCACCUCAACUUAGUUAUGCUGGAAAUACCGAUUAUCAAAAAGCAUGGCGUGAUUAUGUAAAGUUUCGCCAUCUCUUAGCCAACAUGGCAAAGCCGACCUUUGAAGAUAAGCGCAAGCUCGAGGCAAAGGAGAACAAAUUGCAAGAGCUACGUACUCAGAGUAAGAUGAAACGUGACGUUACAGUAGACGUCACAUCAGAAGGAUUCUAUCGCACGGGUAUUAUGUGUGAUAUCGUGCAACAUGCCAUGUUAAUUCCCGUACUCGUUUGCCACUUACGUUUUCAUAAGUCACUGGACAAUCUUGAAAAGUCGCUCAACUAUCAAUUUAAGAAUAGAUAUCUACUGCAGCUAGCCUUGACUCAUCCGAGUUACAGAGAGAAUUUCGGUACAAAUCCAGAUCACGCGAGAAACUCGUUGACCAAUUGCGGUAUCAGACAACCAGAGUACGGCGAUCGUAGGAUACAUUAUAUGAACACGAGGAAAAGAGGCAUCAAUACCCUGAUCAACAUAAUGUCGAGGUUUGGCGCGAAGAAGGAAACCGAGUCGUCAAUAGCGCAUAACGAACGGUUGGAAUUUCUCGGCGAUGCCGUUGUCGAGUUUCUUACUUCCAUCCAUUUGUUCCACAUAUUUCCUGAUCUCGAAGAAGGCGGUUUAGCGACUUACAGAGCUGCGAUUGUUCAGAAUCAACAUCUCGCUGUGCUUGCGAAAAAACUUUGCCUGGAGCAGUACAUGUUAUAUGCUCACGGUAGUGAUUUGUGCCACGACUUGGAGUUACGACACGCGAUGGCUAAUUGUUUUGAGGCUCUCAUGGGUGCUUUGUUUCUCGACGGUGGUAUCAAGAUUGCCGAUGCCGUGUUCGGAGAGACGCUUUUUAAAGACGAGCCUGAUUUGUUGAAUAUCUGGGUCAAUUAUCCGAAACAUCCACUGCAAGAGCAAGAGCCUACUGGAGAUAGACAAUGGAUACCUAGUUUUGAAUUGCUUCAGAAAUUAACCAAGUUUGAAGUUUCAAUUGGGGUGGAAUUCACGCACAUUCGUCUACUUGCCAGAGCAUUUACUGAUCGAAGUAUAGGCUUUACGAACUUAACGCUUGGUUCAAAUCAACGUCUAGAGUUUCUUGGUGAUACAGUAUUGCAGUUGAUAGUAUCGGAGUACUUGUACAAAUUUUUUCCUGAGCAUCAUGAAGGACACUUGUCUCUAUUACGAAGUUCACUGGUCAACAAUAAGACGCAAGCAGUAGUAUGUGAUGAUUUGGGUAUGACACAAUACGCACUCUACGGUAAUCCCAAGGCCGAUUUGAAAACCAAAGACAGAGCUGAUUUGUUGGAAGCAUUUUUGGGAGCUUUAUACGUUGACAAGGGUUUGAACUUUUGCCAAGUAUUUUGCAAUGUGUGCUUUUUCCCGCGACUACAGGACUUCAUUAUGAAUCAAGAUUGGAACGAUCCGAAGAGCAAGUUACAGCAGUGCUGUUUGACUCUUCGUAGUAUGGAUGGAGGCGAGCCCGACAUACCUAUGUACAAAGUUAUAGAAUGUAAAGGUCCUACGAAUACACGUGUUUAUACCGUUGCUGUGUACUUUCAAGGAAAAAGAUUGGCAAAGGCAUAUGGUCACAGUAUUCAAGAAGCGGAAAUGAAUUCGGCUAAAGAAGCUCUGGAGAACUCUCAAGAUUUGUUCCCGCAACUGGAUCAUCAAAAGCGCGUGAUAGCCAAAAGUAUGAAGAUGCAGAAUUGGUCCCAAGGUGAAAGAAAAUAUGCAUGGCCUGUAACGCCAUGUAGACGUGAAGAUCGUAAUCAAGAAGAUUUGGACAACGAUCGUCGGAAACGUCGUAGUCGCAGUCGUGAGCGCGACAAACGUGAAAGUCGUUCACGAGAACGCUAUGAUAGCAAUGACCGACGACGCUUAAACAAAUGCAGUAGCAGUAGCUCAAGAGAAAAGAGCGUUGAGCAAAAUCUUAGUUUAAAUGGAUCUAUCUCAAUGAGCGUUGAGAAUGUUGUGGCACAAGACGAAAAUAGUAGAGAUAGUCCAAAAAAACGCCGAAGAUCGAAAAGUUCGAGCAGUAGCGAAACAGAUAGUACAGAAAAAAAAAACUCGCCUUCAGAGAAAAAGUUGAAGAAAUAAUAGA